AUGGGGCAGCGGAAGGCACUGGAAGGGGCGCUAGAGAAGGAGGCGCCCCCCUUCCACCCAUUCAUGGCAGCGUCCGGCCCUUUUCCCCCAUUAAGGGCGGGGUCGCGCUUCACCUGCCUCACCUGCCUCACCCUCAGAGCUCUUUUCUGCUCCCGUUCCUUCCUCUGCCGUUCCUCCUCAAUCUCAAGCUCCACCCGCCUGUCCUCAAGCCUCCUCUUUUUCUCCUCGCUCUGCCGCUUAUCCUCCUUUUCACACUCCACCCGCCUAUCCUCCUCCCUUUUCCUCUCUUCCUCCUCCCUCUGCCACUCCUCCUCCUUUUCGCGCUCCAUCUUCCUCUCUUCCUCCCUCUUCUUCUCUUCCUCCUCCCGCUGCCGCUUCUCCUCCUUUUCACGCUCCACCUUCCUCCUCUCCUCCCUCUUCCUCUCGUCCUCGUCCCUCUGCCGCUACUCCUCCUUUUCGCACUCCACCUUCCUCUCUUCCUCCCUCUUCUUCUCUUCCUCCUCCCUCUGCCGCUUCUCCUCCUUUUCGCGCUCCACCUUCCUCUCUUCCACCCUCUUCUUCUCUUCAUCCUCCCUCUGCCGCUUCUCCUUUUCGCGCUCCACUUUCCUCUCCUCCUCCCUCUUUCUCUCUUCCUCCUCCCUCUACCGCUUCUCCUCCUUUUCAUGCUCCACCUUCCUCUCCUCCUCCCUCUUCCUCUCGUCCUCCUCCCUCUGCUGCUUCUCCUCCUUUUCGCGCUCCACCUUCCUCUUUUACUCCCUCUUCUUCUCUUCCUCCUCCCUCUGCCGCUUCUCCUCCUUUUCGCGCUCCACCUUCCUCCCCUCCUCCCUCUUCCUCUCUUCAUCCUCCCUCUACCGCUUCUCCUCCUUUCCGUGCUCCACCUUCUUUUCCUCCCCCCUCUUUCUCUCUUCCUCCUCCCUCUGCCGCUUCUCUUCCUUUUCGCGCUACACCUUCCUCUCCCCUUCCCUCUACCUCUCUUCCUCCUCCAUCUGCCGCUUCCCAUCCUUUUUGCGCUCCACCUGCCUCUGUUCCUUGAGCCUCUCCUUUUCCUCCCUUUGUCACGCCUCCUUUUCGCGCUCCACCUGCCUCUGUUCCUCAAGCCUCUUCUCUUCCUCCUCCGUCUGCCGCUUCUCCUCACCGUCGCGCUCAACUUGCCUCUUGUUUGCGAGCCUCUUCCGCUCCCGUUCCUCCCUCUCCCUCUCCCCCUCCAUCGCGCGCACCUCUCGCCCCUCGUUCUCGACCUCAUACGCUUCUGUUCCUCCCUCUGAUUCGCCUCCUCCUCCUCACGUGCUUCCCACCCCUGAUCAUACCUCUUCUCUGUUCGUGCCUCCCGCCUCUGAUACACCAACCUAUUCUCGCUCCGCCCUCUGCACCUCUUGCUCAAAAUUCGCCUACGACAUUCAGACUCCCCUGCCUCAUGUCCAAACCCUGCCCCUGCUCCUGUUCAUCAUUCUCGACCGAAAGGUGCACUGCCUCUAA